ACGUAACUAAAAUUAAAGGUGCAGUGUAGGCCGUGUUUGUCAGAUGUUUGAGCUGGUGUGAAGUUUGUAAGGAAUGUGCAGUAGCCUUACAGUCUGAAUAUUUGCAAAUCAUUUUUGCGACCCUGGAUCGCAAAGAAGAGAAAUACUGCCACUGAAUUAUUUCAUUCAUUUUCUCUUAACUUGAGCGAAGUUAAGUCGUUGCGCUACCAGUGUAGGUAAAACAUGAUUUAAGCUAUUUUCUAAAGUAGGUUCGCUGCUUUGUUGCUACCAUAACACAGGUUACUUCGUCAUCAAUGUACAAAGUUUUUUUUAAGUGAAGGAAUGCGUGACCCGUCGUCAUUCACGCCGGAUCCACACUGAUACGGUCUGAGGUAACGUUACAAGAUUUGUUUCGGGGAGAAGGACAGGCAAGAAGUUUGAAAAAGUUUCAGUGAAGUUUUGCUGACAGACUGCGAAGGGUUAGCGACGCAGCCAUGGGCAACGGAGUCUGCUCUCGAAGGCAGAGAAAGAUCUUCCAGUCUCUUUUGGCCAUCAGUGUAAUAUUCGGGAUGAUAUACGGAGGUAUGGUCUCAUACGAAAUGCAUAAACAGCUGAAAAGGACCGAGUCAUUAGCACUCAAAUACCAGCAGCAUCAAGAGUCGCUCUCGGCACAGCUUCAAGUUGUGUACGAACACCGCUCUCGGCUGGAGAAAUCCCUCCAGAAGGAACGCGUGGACCACAAAAAAAAUAAAGAAGAUUACUUGGUGUACAAACUGGAAGCCCAGCAGUCUCUAAACAAGGAGAAGCAAGAUUCCAGCAACAGAUACAAUUCUCUACAUGUCCAGCAUCAGAUGCUGAAGAACCAGCAUGAGGACCUGAAGAAGCAGUUCUACGAUCUGACGGAGCAACACCAAGUCCAGGGGGAGGACCACAGCAAAGUCGUGGAUGAGCACAAGCAGCGGUUUGACCAGCUACAGCAGACCAAAGGGAUCGAGCUGUCAAACCUGAAAGAUAGCAUUUACAACCUGCGGGAGGAGAACAGACAGCUGAGGAAGGCCCACCAGGAGAUCCAUGUGCAGCUUCAGGAUGCUCGGCAACAGCACAAGGACUUAAGCUCGUCGCACGACAAUCUUGUAAUGGUGCUUGAGGACCACAAGAGUGCACUGGCGGUCGCCCAGGCUCAGGUGGACGAGUACAAGCAGCUGAAGGAGACCCUGAACAAGAUGCCGAGCCUGCGGCAAGCACACAGCCCAGCGGCCCCGGAGACAGCCGCCCAGGAACAGGAACAGGAACAGGAACACAUGCCUGCCCAGAGGGAAGAGCCUGCCGAGGACACCCAGACCAAGUUGCGGGGCCAGGAGGAUGAGGAGGGGGGUCAGAACGAGGAAGGAGGUGCUGCGCAGGAGGAGAGGAGGAGGGAGCUGGCUGAGGAGGAGAUGGAGCAGGCAGGUCAGCCCCAGAAGCUGGUGGAGGACCUGGACCAGCAGCAGCACAACGGGCAGGAGCACGGGCAGCAGCAGGAGCAGCAGCAGCACCAGGAGGAGCAGCGGGAGGAGGAGCAGCUAGAUGAGAACGCCAUCGGCAUAGAGCAGCACCCUAAACCGGAGGAGCAGGUGCCGGUGGAGCGGGUGAAGUCUGCGUACGAGCAGCAGCAGGAUCAGCAGCGCUUGGCGGCGCAGCAGACGGAGGAGCGGCGGCAGCUGCAGCUCCGCCAGCAGACCCUGCAGCUGCAGCAGCAGAAGCUCCUGCACGAGCGCGAGGAGAGGCUGCGGCUGCAGAGGGAGCGCGAGGAGCAGCUGCACCGGCAGGCCGACCAGCGGGAACAGCUCCUACGCCAAGACCAGCUCAGACAAAAAUCUCACUAUGAGAAUUUGGAUGCAGACAUAGUCCCGGGGGAGGACGAGGCGAAGGCUGAGGAAGACAAAGAGAGGAACGUCCAUCAGGAGGACGAUGAGGACGAGGGGAAGCAGGAGGAAGGCCAGCAUAGACAUCAGGAAGAGGAGGACGAGGACGAGAGGCCGGUAGAGACAGACGUGGACCCGGAGGACGACCCCAACAACCAGGGAGAGGACGAGUUUGAGGAGGCCGCGCUGCAGCAGCAAAAGGAAGCGGCCGCGCACCAGGAGGCGGUCGCCGCCGCCGCCAGAGCUGCCAGAGCCCCCAAGCCUCCAGCCCCCAACACCCAGCGGCGCCCCCCCGCCGGCAAGCAGCCCGUGAUGGCAGGCAACCCGGACCAGCAGGAGGACACCAUAGACGACCAGUACCAGGAGGAGGGCGAUGAUGAGGUUCAGGAAGACCUGGCUGUUGAUGCCAAACGAGAGGAAGAGGUUGGGGAGGAAGAGGAGGAGGACCCUUACAAUGAGAACAACGAACAGGAUCAAGACGCAAAAGAUCAAGAUGUAGCCGUGAAGGAGGAUGCAGAGCCAAAUAAAGACCGGGCAGCCAACGAAGAGGAGAACUAUGAAGAGGAGGAGGAAGAGGAGGAGGAGGAGGCCGGUGGACCAAACAAACGGACCAACCGCAGAGCAGAGAUGUGAGGGGACCAGUAACCCGCCAGCCUCCCAUUUCCAAUCCCGACGGAGGGGAUAAACCUCUUAAUGCUUUCGUCCUGAAUGAAUGAGAUACGAUGCACAGACCAUGGAAUUCCGGGGGGGAAUAAUGAGGUCUGCUGGGAACGGAUCCGUAUUCCCUUCCACAAGGGGUCUGAACUGAUCUGUGUUGCCAUGGAGAUGGACAAGCCACCCACUCACAGAGGACAGAAAAUCGUCUAAAUGUCACUCAGAUUGUCUGAUAUUCGUUUGUAUCUCAGCAUUGAAACACUGUUAGAAGUCCAUUACAAGGAGUCAGCCAACUCCUAAAGAUGGUCAAACACAUCACAGAACGUUGUUACUGGGAUGCCUGUGCCAGGCAGGCUGUUACUGUUUCAAGUGCCAUUGUAGUUUUUAUCUUUUUCUGAAAGUUAUUUAAUUUUAAUCUUAACAUGCACAGUCAAUGUGUUGUUUUAUAUUUUGUACACAUUUUGUAAAUUGACCUUUUUUUGUUGUAAAUUUGCUAUGACCUCUGACCCCUAAAGAGUGACGUUGUCUAGAUUUAAAGCUCUAAAGAAUGCCAGGGCCUAGUGGUGUCAGACUAGAGCUUAGGAAGUAAGGAUCUCAUCACACAUGAUUACACCAAAUAUUUGUCUGUACUUGAGAUGGGACCUUCAAGAGCAUGUGCCUUUGCUUAGCUCAGUCAGACCCUGUUUCACAUGUUACUCAGGGCUGUCUGCCCAGCAACAUGUGAUUCAACUCCUUUAUUGAAUCAUGCAGUUGAAAACUUUCUUAGAAUUAAACAUGCGUGCCAAUGCUGUGUGUGUAUGUGUGUGUGUGUGUAUAUGUAU